AUGCCUUACAUUGCUAGGGGGGAAGAGCUCCCCGAGGCGGCCGUCAGAGGUGGCCUUGUUGACCCUCGGGCUGAUCAUCAGCAGUCGUUCAACAAGCGAAUCUCCUGCCGUGACGUGACCGACUUCAUUUCUAACACUGCCGAGGUCUCGCCCUUGGAAUUGCGUGACAAGAAGGCCGCUGCUAAGCACACCAGCGACUCCCGGGCCCGGCUUUACAAGAUCCUUGCCCGUACCAAUGAGCUCAGCCGCCCUUUGGCAGUCAAGUGCUCUGACCAGCCCAUCUCCGACCUCCUCCCAGGCCUAGUCGUCAGCGGUGGUCUCAGUCGCUCGCCUGCUUUUGAUUGCCUGCCUGUCGUGUCUCACUGGGGUGACCGUACCGACGACUUCUCGGCAGAGGAUCCUAAUGCCACCGUCCGUCUAACUUCCACCUGGUCUACCAUUCAUGUCCGCGGAGAAGGCGCCACCAGGGAGUCCCCCCACGGAGCUCCAUGUUGGUCGCUGAAGACUCACGGCCUUGGUCCGGUCGAGGCUGGAUCGGGUAAAUUCGCCCAGCAGUACGAUUCUGAAUCCGACACUUUGACUACGACCGUCAACUUGCCGCGUCGACCUGACACUGUUCACACCAAGGGCGUACUCGGCGCCGCUACAAGCAUCUCUUGGAUGCGUAAUGCGCGUGUUGCAGAUGCAGUCGAUUGUGCUGUUGGCCUGUUGGCUGAUGCCUCCGUUCUCUUGGAGGCUCGUGACAAGGUCAUCACGGGCGGAAAGACGGUGACUCUCGACUUUGCAGAGGUGCGCGAGGCCGUACUUCCUUCCUGGUGCAAUGCCCGCAAGCCCCUACCUGCGAAGCUGAGCGGCGUGGCUGACUCACCAGACGAGUACACUGACGCUCUCUUCGCCGCAGAGGCGUGUGAAGGCCCUCUUAUUAACACCAGUAUCUUCUCCAUGUCGAUUGGCUACAACCGUGGUGUCUACGGUGGCUCGAUUUCAGGUAUAUGGGCUGUUAUGGACUCAGCCUUUGUCUUGGAUUAUUCUAUCGGAACUGAUAGCUCUGCCAUGGCGGACAGACUUUCUUUCGCAUUUGCCGAAGUGACUGCUUCUGCUGAAGCAUCAGCUUCCGCUGGUCCCCAUAUCGACGAUAUCCGUAUCGUCAAGGGCUGCAACUAUGGAUGUUUGCGUCAGAAGACCAUCCUCGAGGAUAACGACCCAGUUGAAUCCAGCCCGUGUAUGGUUGUUUGGAAUGACCUAGACCGUCUCGCUCGUUACAAGCUUGCCGACGCCGUCUUCUGCCACGUCUAUUACGAUUCUGGUGGUGGUGAGCAAAUGGCCGCUAUCGCCGGUCUUGGGUGCGUCGCACACGAUUGGAUUGACCUUGGAGCUGAUGUGUUGUGCGGCGAAGUCUCCAACAUCAUUCCAUCUCUGACCCGGGGGUCUUUGGAAGAGGAACCCCUAGCUGAGGUCUACUCGCGCUUGAUCGGUGCUAUGAUCUGGUACCGCAACAAUGACCCUUAUAACCCAGCUGCUCUGUGCCUUCUAUUUACCCACUGGUGGCAGCUUUCCAACUGCCGACACAGACCCGUCACUCUCCUCGGCCGAACUGACAUUGGUGUUGAGGCAGCUAUCGCCCCCACGAUGCCAGAUGGACGGCCCGAACUGGAGCACUUCCGUGUCAAUGGUACCCGAGUCGAGCGCGGUGAGGGUCCGCUCUCCAGCGCUGAGGCACGUCUUGCAGCCCUCGUCUCUGGUGACAUUCUGCCGGAGACCCGUGCCGUGAUUGAGCACCUGGUCAACCCCGUUAUGGCUUACGUGAAGGGUGGUGAUUCUCUCCCCGCCGAGAGCGAAUAUGUGGGUACUGUCCUCGCUGCUGAGGUGGCUUACCCCCACGGACAAAAGAUCAUGGAGCUGUGGGAUCUUGCCAUCGUUAUGUGGGAAUGUGGAGCUAUGUGGGCGGCUGGUGUUGCUGGUCUUUGCUACACCCACACAGGCAAGGCCAACUGUGACCGCGCUCGUCAUGAUUUGGCCGACCACACCUGGACUUAA